AUGUCAACAGUAUUCUAUCUCUUCUCAACUUCUCACAUUAAGGACAUUAUGCAUAUGUUUUUCGACCUGCUACAAGCUAUCGCCAUCCCACCGAACAUUUUCUACGUUCACCGCUCUCUGAAUCUUCUCUCUCAAUUCUGGAUCCACUCGAACAUUGUACCUUAUCUCGGCCCACUUGAGUACUUCAUUAACACUCCAUCUAGUCACCGAGUCCACCAUGGAAGAAAUCCAUAUUGCAUCGACAAAAACUAUGGCGGCGUCUUGAUUAUAUGGGACAGACUUUUCGGCACUUACGAACCGGAACGGAAAGAAGAAGAGAUUGCUUACGGACUGGUUACGCCUGUGGGGUCAUUCAAUCAAAUGUGGUUUCUUCGAAUCAAAGUUAUCGGUUAUGACAAAGGUCAAAUGAGAAACGAGAAAAAUGAGGAGCUGUUUCCAGGAACGUGGAACAAGGUAGGAGCCGCUCUCUGGCCGCCAGCCUACUUUCCGGGAAUGCGAACAAAGCAGUUCUUUUUGUGGUUUUGUAUGGAGGACAGUACUGAGGGAGUACCUGAAGUCGAGCGCCUUCCUACUGUUCGCUAUAAUCCUCCACUUUCCGACGCUAUUCGCUACUAUCUCUUAGCACAGUGGGUAUUUCUGAUACAUUGUUUUCUGCAAUUCAAUAUGCUCCGUACAUUCCUCGGUUGGACCGAAUUCCUCUGCCGACUCAGCUUUCUUAUUGCUUACAUACAAAUGUUCGGCUACUAUUUUGAUCAUAGUCGUUUUUCAUGGGUUUUCGACUCGUCGCGCUUGUCACUGUCUAUACUUCUCGGAGUUUUCCUACGUGACUCCUUGAUGGUUGUUUACGGUUGCACAUCGUUGGCAAUUGUUUUUUGGCUUGCAUCAGCUGGCCAAAUAUCAAUGACACAUACUGUCUCUAAU